CGCAAUACACUUUCUUCAUUCCCUUUCAUUUUACAUUAACCUUGCUCAUUCUAUGAGCAACGCGCUUCCGAAUCACUCUGUUUGCUUGUUAGAUAUAUUGAAUAAAGACUGUUCUUCUUUAGUCUUUAAAGCAUUGCAUUUCUGCUUACAAAAGUCAAAUUCUCUCAUUCAGCCCCUUCAAGGCAACGUGUUUGGUGCAUCGUACACGGCAUCAUCAUGGCCCUGCCCAAGAGAAUAAUAAAAGAAACAGAGCGACUCAUGGCUGAGCCUGUCCCUGGGAUUAAGGCCAUUCCUCAUGAAGAUAAUCUAAGAUAUUUUGAUGUUGAGGUUCAUGGGCCAUCGCAAUCACCAUACGAGAACGGCAUCUUCAAGCUUGAAUUGUUUUUGCCCGACGAUUAUCCCAUGACGCCCCCAAAGAUUCGAUUUUUGACAAGGAUCUACCAUCCAAACAUUGAUAAACUCGGCCGUAUCUGUCUCGAUGUUCUCAAGAGUAAUUGGUCUCCGGCUCUCCAGAUUCGCACGAUCCUCCUGUCCAUUCAAGCUCUUUUGGGCGCGCCUAACCCCGAUGAUCCGCUUGCCAAUGAUGUCGCUCAACGAUGGAAGGAAGACGAACCGGCAGCGAUUCAAACAGCUCGCGAAUGGACCCGCAUGUAUGCCGUUAGUGAGAACCGGUAACGCGACGAAAAGACGGAAUUUCUGUCUACAUUAGAGACUUCUGGUAGACGCACGGUCGUCCUUGAAUUAGCAAGCAAUUACUUUCUGGCGAAUAGGAGCAGCGUGGGUUGUACUUCUCUCAGCAAUGCUAAGGUGCCAGCGAUUAGAACUAUACAAACGAGAAUCUUGCAAAUUUCUGCUUUUCUUCGUUACGAUUACCAGGUGCUGGUUCCAUGCAUAUGUGCGUUUUUUAUGACUUGCAACACCGUUCUUUGCAUGUUUUUUUAGGGUUUAUUGUUCCAAUGUGGCGGCAAGAUGACGUCGUCCCAUUUGCAUGCGACUGGAAAACUCGAAUUGAAGGAUCAUUUGUUACUCACAUUUCCAAGAUACGGAAAGCCCUUGUCGGUUACAAAGGCGGUUAAGGCACCCAU